AUGGACAGACUAAUAGGCAAAAAACUAGCCCUAAUCGGUCCGACAGCUAAUGCAACAGUGUCAAUGCAAGGUAACUAUUAUGGUAAAGCACCAUAUCUUAUUGAUCCAAUUACGGCAUUCAAAUCUUUAAUAGCAAAUAGAUCAAUUGAUAUUGAAUCAGUAGCUGGUUGCCAAAUAUCGGUUAUCUUCUUUGGUGGAAUCAAUCAAUCAGUCGAAGCUAAAUCUCGUGAUCGUAAUGAGAUUACCUUACCAGCAAUCCAACUAACAUUGUUACAAGAACUCGAAAAAGUUGUUCGCUCACCUAUCCAUGUUGUCAUUAUGUCAGGUAGCGGUCUAGAUCUUUCAUACAUUCAUGACUCUACCAACUUUAGUAGUCUAAUUUGGAUGGGUUACGCUGGUCAAGCUGGCGGCUUAGCUGUGGCAACUUCUAUUUUUGGACAGUACAAUCCUGGCGGACGUCUACCAAUUACCUUCUAUCCGGCUUCAUAUGUAGAUGCCGUAAGCAUGUUUGACAUGCAAAUGCGACCAUCGAAAACGAAUCCAGGUCGCACGUACAAGUUCUUUACAGGUCAAGCAGUUUACGAGUUCGGAACUGGCCUUUCUUAUACUGAAUUUGCUUAUUCAUGUGGUAACGACUCGUUAAUUUCCUCAUACAAGCUACGUACAUUGAUGAGAAAUACUGAUGGCAAGAGACAUGUUUUGGUUACUCGUUUUCGUGUUAAUGUAACAAAUACAGGUUCUCUGGCAGGCGAUGAUGUUGUUCUCGCAUUUUUGGAACCACCGAGAACAUCAACAAUAGAUCCUACGCCUCCUAUUAAACAACUCUUUGGAUUUCAAAGGGUUCAUCUGAAUGUAAACGAAUCUAAGGAAGUUUACUUUUCAUUCUAUGCCGACUCGCUUCUGUCUAUCGGGCAUAAUGGAUUCAAAUGGCUUCAGCCAGGACUCUAUAAGAUCAUUAUUGGAACGAAAGUCAUGCAUACAAUUAAAUUACAAGGGAGAGGUGCUCUUUGGUCAGAGCUAGGUCACUGA